UAGUUAUUAAACAAUUAAAAUGAAACAGACAAGAGUUCAAUCAGCAGCAACAAAUUCUCGUCUUCGAGAUAAUCAUUAUGAUCCGAAAGUGCAUGCUAAAGCUUGGAUAGCUCCAGGUAGAUUUUGAAAAUAUAAUAUAUUAGGUAUUUUUAAUUAGCUACCAAAGUAUGAACAUUUAGAUUCUGGACUGGUGGUAAUACAUUAGAAGAAUAAUAAAAUGAAAAAGUUUAAGGAGUUAUCAGAAUUAAACUAAGAGAUUUAGUAAAUGUAAGAGAAGGAUGAAUUUAGAAAGUUUAAAGAGUUUGAGAAUCUAUAUAAUGGAGAUUUAGUAGUGACAAUUGAAUAUUGGUAUUGAUUUAAAUUAGAAUGAAUAGUACAAAUUGUAGUCAACAUGCAGGAUCGACUAGGCAUGAUGAAGAGAAAUAUUAUACAUUUGCCACGAAUUUAAAAUAAGAACUAAUUUAAUAAUAUCCAACAGCUAAAGUUUAUUUGAAACCGUUAAUUUAUGAUCCACAUGAUUAUUCAAUAGAUACAUUAUACAUAUAAAGAAGAAUUGGAGCCUUUGAAGUUUAAGUUUGUUCUAAGAAUCGAGAUUAAGUUAAAAAAGGAUUAGUAUUUUCAAAAUUGAGUACUAAGAUGUGGCCUAAUUAUGGUGAAGUUAUUGAAAGAGUUAGUGAUUAUUUAAAUACUGCUCCAUUAGAAAUAUAUGUUAGUUUUGGUGAAAACUUUAUUGGCAAUCUUAAUAAUAUUGAAGUUACACUAACACCUCAUAGAUAAGAUAGACCAUAAUCUAGUGUAUCUAGAAUUUCAUCAUAAACUAAAAGAACUAAUAGAACUAAUAAUAAAGAUAGAAAAAUAAUUGUCAAAACUAAUAAUUAAGGAUAUAUCAAAUUACCAGAUGUACCCGUAGAUGUGUAUGUAGUUGAAGUUUAAGAAUCUAAUGAUUAUCUUAAUGAAUAAUUACUUUUGAAUAUGGUAGAAAUGGCUGAAUAAAGUAAUGAUACUAUUCAAGUUGUUAUCAAAUUAAGAAAAUAAAAUCAUUCUUAUUUAGAUAUUAAAAUAUUCAAUUAAUAAGGAUCCAUUAUCACUGAAGCUAAAAUCACUAUUACUAAUAUUUAAACAUAAGAAAGUAUGUUAUCUAGAGAAAUUGAACCUGGUAGAUAUGAAGCCAUCUUAGAACCUAAUUCAUAUUCUCUUUCUGUUUCUAAAAGAGGAUAUAAAGAAUUAACUUAAAAUAUUGAUGCUGUCUAAGGUGUUAAUGAAUUCAAAUUAAUUAUCGAAUUAGAUCCAAAUGAUGUUUAACCAAUCAAACCACCUUAAUCAGCUAAAUAAUUAUAACCUUUAUAAAAACCUAGUAGUGCUAGACCUACUAGUGCUUAAAGAUCAUAAUAAGGUAGUAAUACUAAUCAAUCUUCAUAACAAAUGAGCAAAUAGUAAUCAUAAUCAUAACAAUAAUAAUAAUAAUAACAAUAAUAAUAAUAAUAAUAAUAAUAAUAAUAAUAAUAAUAAUUACCACCUAAACCUAAAUCAUAAUCAUAAUCUAUGUAAUAAUAUGAAUAACCUGAAUAUAUGGAACCAACUAAAUAAGAAGCUGUCUCCAAUCCUAAUAGACCUAUCUCAGGAUAUAAAUCUACCUAAGUAUUUAUUUAUGAUCCAUAUACCAAUUAACCUAUUGAAGGUGUCUAAGUUAUCUUAAAUGAAGAAUCCACCAAAUAAGCAUAAACUUAUGUAACUGAUUAAGAAGGAACUUGUAGGAUUAUUUUAUAAGGAGUCUUGGAAGGAAAAAUGGUUAUCUAAACGUAUGAUAAUAUCUUAUAUUUAUUUUAGUGAAGGAUACUUUCCAAUUGUUGAAGAAUAUGGUACCACCUAAUCUAAAAUGAACUUAUAUCAACUUAGAGAACUGUCAUUCCCAUUAAUUCAAUAAUUAGAUGAUAAAAACUCAGUUAUGAUUCUUGUUUAAACUAAUGUUGAAGUUAUGCCUAUUGAUAUUAAAAUGAUUCUACCUGAUAAUGUACAAAUUGAUUAAAGUCAUUAAAAUGUUCUUUAUGAUUUAAAUGAUGAAUCUGGAUGUUAAAGAAUUAUUGUUCAUGAUCUAAAUACAAAAAAAGGAGUAUAUAGAAUUAUUGCUGAUAUUAUUGAACCUGAUUAUGUUCAUCCUUAACAUUUAAAAGUCUAUAUUAUUACCAAUAAAGAAUUGAAAUUAGUAGAUGUUCCUAAAAUAAUUAAUUAAGAACAAAUAUUUUGGGACAUUGGAGUUAUUUGUGGUAAUUUUAUUUAUUAAUAAAAUAGCUCCUAAUUCUGGAUUUCUUGAAAUCAAUACUCCUACUGAUGAAAUUUUAAAAAGAGAUAAAUAUCUCAAAGACUAUUAAAGUUUAUUAUAGUUCUUAAAGAAUUCUAAGAAUAUGGAUUUAAAAACCAUUCUAGGUUUUAAUGAUAAAGAAAGACUAGAAUUAUAAGGUGAUGUUUUUGUCUAAAAAGAUAAAAUUAAAAACACACUUGACAAAUAUGGAUUUGAAGCUAUUACCAAUCUUGAUUAUUUAAUAUACUCUGCUAUGAUGUCUAAUGGAUUGUAUAGUUUCAAAAGACUUGAAUAAAAAUUUGGAAAUCUAGAUUUUGAAUUCAUAUUUGAUGAUGAGAAUUCAACUAGUAAACAAAAAGAAAUGAGUGAAGAUGAACCUUAUGAUGAUGAUUAUGAUUUAUGAAAUUAUUAAUAAAUUA